CGCGCCAAAUCCAACAUUAGUAAACUUCUCUUCAAAGCCGCUUUCAUUUCAUCUCUUGACAACACGAACAACUACUCUCGUUUACACGCGAGCUAGAAGCGGAUCUAGAAUUUUAAUUUAAAGAGCCUAUCGAGUACCAUUUUUUUCUAGGUUUUCUCCUCAUCGAAAACAGAUUAGGGAAUUUGCUGUAAAUUAAUGGAUGGUUUCAAGCAUCAGUCGUUUUUCCAAGAUAUCAAAUCAAGAGAGCUUAAUGGAUACAGAGUUAAAAGACGACCCUAUAUCAGUAAUGAAUCGUGUGAUUUCAACCAAAUUGGAGCUGUAGCAGUUGACCACAACGGAUUCACGCCACCUCCUAUGGCCCUAUCUUUCUGCAAGACAAGUAAAAACUCACAUAUUGUUGCUGUGACUGAUGAGGGUGGUUACCUUAGCUUGUUUAACACUCGGGUGCAAUUUCCUUCUUCUUCCACUCACUUGCAAAAUGCAGAAAAAGCUAAGAUAUCAGAGUGGGUUGCUCAUGAUAAUGCCAUAUUUGAUGUAUGUUGGAUCAAGGAAGACACCAAUAUCUUAACAGCUUCAGGUGAUCAAAGUAUAAAGGUAUGGGAUGCACAAGGAAAGCAAUGUGUGAGAUCACUAAUGGGUCACACUGGGAGUGUAAAAUCCAUUUGCCCUCAUCCUACAAAUCAUGAUAUUAUUGUUUCUGGUUCUAGAGAUGGCUCUUUUGCACUUUGGGACUUAAGGUGCUCUGACAGUAGCAGUGAAAACCUUUGCAUACCGUCAAUUGCCAGUGUACAUGAGGCUCACAUUUCUCCUUGUCAGAGGCGGACUAGACGUGGAAAGGCUUCCGCUGUGAGCAUUACAUCUAUUCUUUACCUUAAAGAUGAGGUUUCUAUAGCUAGUGCCGGAGCAGUUGACAGCGUCAUAAAGUUCUGGGAUACAAGGAAUCUCAAAUGUCCUGUUAUUCAGGCAUGCCCUCAUCCUGAUGUGUCAGCUCAGAAGGCACAACGAUAUCACGGAGUAUCUAGUUUGUCUCAAGACUUAAAUGGAGCUUUUCUUUCUGCAUCAUGCAUGGACAGCAGGAUCUACCUCUAUAAUGUACUUCAGGCAGACAAAGGACCUGUUAAAACUUUCAAAGGAUGCAAAAUAGAAUCAUUUUUUGUCAAGUCAGCGAUAAGUCCUGAUGCAGCUCAUAUUCUCAGUGGUUCCAGUGAUGGAAAUGCCUACGUAUGGCAGGUAAACAAGCCUCUUGAAGAUCCAAUCAUGUUGAAAGGCCAUGAUGGAGAAGUUACAGCACUGGAUUGGUGCACAUCAGAAACAGGCAAAGUUGCUACCUCAUCAGAUGAUUUCACAGUACGCUUUUGGAACAUUCACAGCAGCUGUUACUCAAACACAAGAUCUCCAUCAUCCAUUCGAAGGAGAGUAACAGCACUUUCAUGUAUGCAACGUCGGAAGCUGUUUUCAUCUGAUGAAAAACCAGCAAGCAUCAAGAAUGACACUGCUGGAUGUGACUCAAACUUGACAUGUCAUCAAGACUUGCCUGAUCCUAUUACAGUCCCUGAAAUGAGUACCCCAGUAUCAAAGAAGAGAAAACCUUUAGCAGUUUUUGAACCUCAAGAGAACAUUGAGAAAACCCCAGAAGCUGCAAAGAGAAGCCCUUCUUCUGUUCUGAAUCCUCCUUCCUCUUUGAGGAAGACAAUCAGAGAUUACUUUGCAGUCACUCCUUCAGGCCUACACAGUAAAUGACAACCUCUAGUUUGAAGAAUGUAGCUUUCUGCUUAUACAUAAGAAACAGGUUCAGAUAUACGCUUCAUCAAGGAAUAUGGGGUGAUAAAAAUGGCAAAGAUUCUUGAUAAGUAGUUCCAAGUUUUGCAUCAUAUACAUUUUUUAUAGCCAAGAGCAAAGCGGAAUUCAUUACGAAAAGAACCAAAAAAAUUACUGUAAAUAGAGUGAAUUGCUUUAUGUAAAGAUAUUUUGGUCUUUUGAUCUCUAA